AUCACACUCCUUCUCGAUUCUCUCGCUCCUUCCUGACCCAUUACGUCGAGUUUCUAAAGAGCCUUAAGAGAACUGAAAACGGGCUUUCAACUACGGGGACGUGCCUAGAACAAGCGAGAGCAUCACCGACAAGACAAGAUGGAUCCCUACUCUUCGGAAGGCGAAUUAAUCAACAUCCACGCUGCGUUCCACCAGUACCAGUAUCAAUCAGUACUCGACGACUUUGACCCAUCAUCCUUCUCGGCCGAGAACCACCUGCCCGCGCGGGUCCUCCAAUUGCGCGCCCGCAUUGCGCUUGGCCAGGGCCAGGAAGUGCUCAGCGAGGUCGCGGGCGCCAAGGAGCCCGAGCUGAACGCUGUCGGAGCACUGGCGGAGCUGAGCCUUGGAAAGGAGGAUUCUGCGGCCGCAUCGAUCGAGAAGCUGCUGGCCGAUGGUGGGGAUGCCGUGGCUGAGAAUGCCAUCGUGCAGGUUGUGGGGGGCACCGUGCUCGCGAGCGUGGGCAAGGCGGACGAGGCGCUGCAGCUGUUGGGCCGCCACCAGGGGAACCUCGACGCAGUUGCCAUGAUUGUACAGAUCCAUCUGCAACAGAACCGCAACGACCUGGCAUUGAAAGAGGUCACUGCCGCGAGGCGGUGGGCCCAAGACAGCAUCCUGGUGAACUUGGCAGAGUCCUGGGUCGGACUGAGACUGGGCGGCGAAAAGUACCAGCAAGCAUUCUACGUCUUCGAAGAACUCGCGCAAGCACCAUCCACCUCCUCCGUUCAAACACUCGUCGCGCAGGCAGUGGCAGAGCUGCACUUGGGAAGGACAGAAGAGGCCCAGUCCGCGCUGGACCAGGCGCUGAAGAAGGACCCCAGCAAUACCGAGGCGAUUGCCAACUCGCUGGUGCUGCAGGUGAUCAUUGGGAAGGACGCCGGAGAGCUGACAGCAUCCCUGAAGAAGGCGGCGCCCGAGCAUGCGCUGCUGAAAGACCUUGAGGAGAAGAGCAGUCUUUUCGAUACGGCGGCGGCAAAGUUCAGCGCAAAGGUCUCGGCGUAAAGGGGACAUCAUUACAGGAGCAUGUGAGCGGGAGACAUGUCACUCUUAAUUGCUUAUGAGCAGCGGAAAUGGAAAUGAUAGACUUGAUCAAACAAAUCGCUGCCCUAGACCAAGAGCACGGUCGGACAGUUCUGGCAGUGCUGACAUUGGGGUAUGCAUCUUCUGUCCUUCGAAACUCUGGGCAGUGCCCAUCCAUCUCCAGUACAUCACAGCGCAAGCGAGGUUGGGCAUUUGGUGCUGAGCACUCCCCGAGUGCUGAUUUGGGAUCGUCCUUUGAAGCAGACGAGACAGGGGGAUAACAAGGGAGGGUUGGCUAUCCCCGGCGUGACCGCGGCAGACUUGUUGUAUGUGGCCGCGUGGGCGCGUGGGCGCGUGGGCCAUGGGGCGUGGGCUGUGGUGUGGUCAGAUCUAAAUAAAUCCUGGGUGUAUGAGUGGUUCAGCCUUGUUUGGAUGUACGGACUUUACAGAGCAUCCGAAGCUUCCGAACCGCCCACUGUCGAUGGAGUAGAUAUGUAAGCAACAUCUGUCCGAAGGCGCGAGACCACAACUCUUCCUCUAAUUUACUCUGGUCUCCUCACCUGAAUAAUUUGGCCUGACCUGUUUAUACUCAACCUUCAGGACUUGUGGGCUUUUGUUCUGGCCAUCCCAAGGUCCACGCUGUGGCGGUCAGAUCAAGGGCGCCGUCGCCACUACUCGAUAAUGCUCAAGUGCUCAGUUAGAGCACAGGCGAGCCCCUCACCCUUCCCAUACACAACACACAACACAUCGUCUUCUUCACUGAACUGUGAGCAUUGAUCCCUGCUCGUGGCCAAGAUCCUCAUGGCCUCCAUGCGCACCUCCAGCCGGGCACUCGUUCCCAUGUCUUUAUAUCUUCGGGGCCGCCUUGUACGGGAUGCUCUAGAGCUAGCGAUCGGUUGGCUGCUGGCAUCUCACUUUCCGUUCACCAACUUGGUCGUCUACGACGGCUCUUGCGAUGAUCGGCCUGCUACAAGUGUACGGCCGGGGCAUCUCAUCAGAACAUUUCAUCAGAAAAGCUGGUUCUCGCAGCCUUGGUUAUGACUCCUACGUGCAGGAGUCGCCAGCAGCCUGGAAGAAACGCGAAACCCAAGUGGGUUCGCCUGCCGACAUCCUCAGCAAGGGAUGAUGCAGCCAGCAACAUCAACAUCGAAACCGAAGCAACUGUGUGCGUCGUCGAUCUUACCACAACCACGACCUGGCCGCCCGGCGCGUUCAACGUUGCCUGCGCGAUCCCGACUCCACGAACCCAAGCAGAUGACGCCUUCGUACUCCAACAACUACGCGCCGCCUUCCUCACAGAGACCCUGGCCCUGGGUCUGGGUGCUCACGUUGCCAUCCGGAUGUUGACAAGGUGGCCGAAGCUGCGCGAACCUGGAGGAAUUACUGUGGUACCCAACGCCAAGACGGAUAUCGACAGCUUGGGAGCCGAGAUCACAUUAGGAAGUUGAAUCCGCCCCCGGUCGCCAUUGGGUUUACGAACAUGUGCUCAGGGUACACUUGGCUCAAUAGCGGACGGGCUAAGCGAUGGUGGCUUCGGAAACUCGAACGACAGCCUCUCCCAAGCAGUUGGAACCGAGCCACGGCUGCCACGGCGUGGGCUGCACGAUCCUUCUUGCCUUCGUCCUGUGGGUGGCGGAAGGCAGGCCGUUGCCAAAAAGAAAUCACUCACAACAGGUGACAUCGGGCGGCUUGGAUUGCUAGUGCAUGCGAGGCCGUACUAUAUCCCAAGAGAAUGGAAAUGAGGACAUGCAGGUCACAGCCAUCAGAAGCUGCACGGCUCCAGGAUGGUGUGCAACCCUGCAACCACCCGCCGGCGAGAUCGUCCUCCCUGAGCGCCAGAAACAAUGCGAUAGCCGGCCCAUUUGGACGAAUUGUGUGUGCGAGCGUGACAGCACAGCGGUCAAACAAUACAGGACACAUUCGACCCAAGAUACCCCCGGGGAUUACCGCAGGGCGGACACAGGAGGAAAAGAAUCCAGUCGUUAAACGCACCCACCAGCAACACAACCUUCCUCCAGGCUAGUGAUAAUUUGGGUGCAUGUGCGGGACUGGACCGGGGGGCUGCAAGAGUUCACCGAAAGAGAUGAAUGGUCCCGGAGGAGCGGAGGCGCGUCGUGCUAGCUGCUGAGGGGAGUUCGCCGAGGCUUUUUUACCGAGCCAAGAGACGCCGCAAGCCAUCGAAUGUCUUGCGGUU